UCUGCUUGUCAAAAUGGAAAUGAGGAAAAGUGAGGCGCAGCUGUUGGGUCAACUUUUAGGAUUACUGAUUAUACUUGGAAUUCUACUUAUAAAAAUUGUCAUCAUUUAUCUUGAUAAGAAAUGGCAUGAAAAAGGACACGGCCGUUGGAUACAAGGAAUCCGAGACCUCCCUCCCUUGUAUGCUAGUCAAUCUACCCAACAUCCUAUGUUAAAUCGAUGGAACCAAGGGAUGUUCCGUUCUCUACAAUCCCCGGUUUCGUUAAUUAUAGAUCAAAUGCGUGGUUUUAAUUCACCUCCUGGGUCCCAGAAUUCCAACUGGAUCGUAACAAAAAGACUUGAUUCCACACAGAGCCAAGAAUUGAGAUAAAUGAUGAACGCUCCCUUAUAUUCGCCGUUGGCUCGGGGAUAACGCCAUCACAAAACUUUCAUAAAAGAACUUUCAUUAAUUGAAUUUUACUUAGAUCAUCAGCUGAAUUACCUAGUGAGAAAUUUUCCCAGUGUUACAACAGCUAGAGCAGCAACAGUAAUUUACGAUUACGAUUAGCAUUUCUAUAGCGCAAAUUUACAUAUAUGUGCAUGGUUAUGAUCAAAUGCGCUUUACAUCAAUACAUCAUUACAUACUACAGCCGGUUUUCCACUAGCGAAUUAUUUCGUGCGAAGCGACUAUUUGCUUUUGUCCUUGAGCUUUCGACUGGAACUAUUUGGAAUUAAUUAGUUUUAGACAAAAGAAUAAAGUCGAUUCGCGCGAAAAAAAUCGCUAGUGGAAAAUCGGCUUAAAUGUCAGGGCUUAACUCGAGCGUCGACGUCGAAUAAUUUAAUUUAAUGACUUCGUGUUAAGCCCCUCUUUUCACGGGGCUUAACUCGAACGUUCCAAGUUGUGUUUCUUUCUUCGAGUUAAUUAAGCCCUAGACGAAAAUGGGUGUGGUUUAGGCGUGGCGGGUCUUACCUCUAAUUGUCGCCAUUCAACAGCUUUUUCGGCAAACUAUAAAAGACAGUGAAGCUGCACCGAAAACUGCUCUGUUUUCGAAUUUUAGUAUAUUAAAAUCCGAAAUUAAAUGUUCAAGUGUUCAAUUAAAUGUUUACG